AUGUCUCGCAUGAACGACUUUGUGUUGCAACAACUCGUACAAGAAAACGAAAGACUGAGAAAAGAGUUAGAAGCAUGUCAAAAGGCAAUUCCAGUCUCCGAAGCAAGUAAAUCACUCAUUUCAUAUUGUGAAAAUACUCCUGACAUGUUAGUCAAAGCAGAACCAAAUACAAAGAAUCGAUUUCACACAAGUGGAGGAGGUGGAGGUGGUUUGUGUGGUGGGGGAUCUUCCGAUUAA